GGUGUUGCAGGCUGUGUGCAGUGGGGGAGGUGCCAGAGCUGAUCAAGCAGUGUAAUUUUAUACAUUACUGAAUCAGUGCAGGAGAAACCUGGAGGGACAAAGCAUCAUCUUCUCUUUGAACUGCACUGUAAAAUCCGACAGCUCUCUUAGCCCAGCCAUGCUCUGAUACGUUUUUCCUCUCCUUUUUUUCCCUGAUUUUGGUGUGAAUGAUAAAGUGAUCUGAUGAUGGCUCUCGUUAUGGAACCUAUUAGCAAGUGGACGCCCAAGCAAGUAGUGGAUUGGAUGAAAGGCCUGGAUGAUUGCCUCCAACAAUACAUCAAAAAUUUUGAAAGGGAGAAGAUCAAUGGGGAGCAGCUGCUGCACAUCACUCACCAGGAGCUGGAGGAGCUGGGAGUCACUCGCAUCGGCCACCAGGAGCUGAUCCUGGAAGCAGUUGAUCUGCUCUGUGCUUUGAAUUAUGGGUUGGAGACUGAAAACCUGAGGACUCUGUCUCACAAGCUGAAUGCCUCAGCCAAAAACCUUCAGAACUUCAUCACGGGUAGGAGGAGGAGCGGCCACUACGACGGCAGAGCCUCCAGACGGCUGCCAAAUGAUUUCCUUACCUCUGUAGUUGACCUGAUUGGUGCUGCCAAGAACUUGCUCGCCUGGCUGGACAGGUCUCCGUUUGUCAGCGUGACAGAAUAUUCACUGCUGAAAAACAACAUUGUCCAACUGUGCCUGGAACUCACAACCAUUGUGCAACAGGAUUGUACAGUAUAUGAAACAGAAAAUAAAAUUCUUCAUGUGUGUAAAACCUUGUCUGGGAUUUGUGACCACAUCAUUUCUCUCUCAUCUGAUUCUCUGGUGUCACAGUCAGCACAUCUCGAGGUAGUUCAUCUCACCAGCAUCAUGCCCAGUGAGGGGCUGGGAAUGUAUAUCAAAUCAACGUAUGAUGGACUCCAUGUAAUCACAGGAACAACUGAAAAUUCUCCUGCUGACCAGUGUAAGAAAAUCCAUGCUGGUGAUGAGGUGAUCCAGGUCAACCAUCAAACUGUGGUUGGCUGGCAGUUAAAGAACCUGGUAAAUGCACUGUGGGAAGACCCAAAUGGAGUGAUAUUAACCUUGAAAAAGCGUCCUCAGAACACCCUGGUCUCUGCUCCUGCCCUUCUGAAGAAUGUCAGGUGGAAGCCUCUUGCGCUGCAGCCUGUGAUUCCAACCAGCCCAACAAGCAGCUCUACAACACCCACGAGCACAAUGGGCAUGUCCUCCAAGAUGGACAACUCGGCGCUCCAGGAUGUUUUCAUCCUGUCUCCUAUGUCAGGACUUUAUGGCCCCAGGGAUGAAGUUGGAAUAAUGUCUUGUGAUGACAUCAGCAAAUUUGGAAAGUCUGGGAUGAAAGGCUCUGAGUCUCCAAACUAUUUUCUGGAGCACGACAGUGGGAAAUACUACACCCUGCUGGAAGGGGAAGGCCACCCCGGGGGCUCUGAGUACGAGAGAAGCAGAGCUGCAGGAGUGAGGAGGAGGGAGAAAACCCCCACCCACGGAGAUUUAAGGCCUGUUUCGAUGCCCACUGAGUACAGCUGGAUAGGGGAGUCCAAAGAACAGAACAUGUACAAGAGGGGGAGCAGAGACUCUGAGAAUUCCCUGCUGCGGUACCUGAGCGACGACAAGAUCCUGGUGAUCCAAGAGGAGCCUUUGACGCAGAAGGACAACAAAAGGGACACAGGGCGCAGGUCAAGGAAAAAGGGCAAACCCCCAGGGAAUCCCAGCUACCCCAUCAACCCCUCCGUGCUCACAUCCACCAUGAACGUGAGGCUGGAGCCUGCCCAGCAGGACGUCCUCAACUUCUCCCUGGCAGAGAACAACACAGUUCCACUUUAUCAUAGAGCAGGGGACACAGUCACUGGAGAUACUGAAAGAUAUGCAAGUUCUGCCAUUGACCAUCCAGGAAACACAUCCAUGAGGAAGUCAUUCCAUUACGCUUCCCUCAGGGUAAAGAGCAGGAAAUGGUCAAAAGGGAGUUCCCUGUCCAGCGUGAGCAGGAGACGCAUUUCCUGCAAAGACCUGGGGCACGGCGACUGCGAGGGCUGGCUCUGGAAGAAAAAGGAUGCCAAAGGUUAUUUCACACAGAAAUGGAAAAAGUACUGGUUUAUUCUGAAGGAUUCCUCCUUAUACUGGUACACAAACCAGAAUGAUGAGAAAGCAGAAGGAUUCAUUAGUUUACCCGAGUUCAGGAUAGACAGAGCAAUUGAAUGCAGACGAAAACAUGCCUUCAAAGCAUGUCACCCCAAAAUAAAGAGCUUCUACUUUGCAACCGACUGCCUUGAAGAAAUGAACAGAUGGAUGAAUCGUUUGGGUCUUGCAGCAAUUGGUUACACACCUGAUGACAAGGACAUUCAUCCAGAUGAAGCAGAUUACUGGAGCGAGAGUGACCAGGACGACAUCGAUGGCUCGCUCACCCUGAAGCAGGAGGGCACCUCAACACUGUGUGACACCUACCAUCGAACACCCUCAGUGAAUUCCUCCAGCCCAUUCCCCGAAGCCAAACAAGGUCGACACUUUUCAAGCGAAUCGACGUACUCCCAUUCCUCUGCCGAGGAUUCCCGGCAGGAUGCAGCGGGCAGCACACACUCCUCAGGAUGCAGACCCCCCUACCGAGAGCGGCGCUCGUGGCAGGACCUCAUAGAGACCCCCCUGACCAGUUCAGGGCUGCACUUCCUGCAGACUGUUCCUCCCGAAGCCGAGUACUCGAGCGGCCGGCCCGGAAUGUCCCCGGACAAACGAAGACAAGCCACGCUGCCAGUCCAGAGGCGACAUAAUUUUGAGCAGGACGGGCCUUUCCCUCUGGUGGAAUGUCCCAGGGGACACAGCUCCCACGGCAGGCCCCAGAAACAACGCAGCCAGAGCCUCCCCCGGAACAGAGACGUCAGGAGCAAGGGCCGGGUAAAGUCCAUCGAAGGGAUGGAUGACAGUCUGGAAGAGAAAGUUCCCAUUAGGAGGCAUAACAGUUUCUGUGCAGAAGAAAACAUAAAAGAGAUUGAAGAAAUCACAGAUGGUCUGCAGGAACUGUACAAAACCCUGGAAGAAGCCAGUCUGUCAGCUUUUGGGGAGCAGCGUCCUUCCACCAAGCAGGAGUUCCGCAAGUCCUUCGUGAAGCGAUGCAACGACCCCGUUAUCAAUGAAAAGCUGCACCACAUCAGAGUUCUCAAGAGCACUUUAAAAGCAAAGGAAGGGGACCUCACAGUUAUCAACAGCCUUCUGGAUGAUCCCAACUUAACAUCAAAGAAGUUCAAAGAUUGGAAACUAAAGAACUAUGAGUUUUUCCUGGACAUUUGUGAGUACAGUGCUGCUGGGAAAUCCCAAAAUGGAGCCUCUGAACUGGGAAGCUCAGCCCCAAUGCUGACACACACACACUCCUUCAUCGAGACCCACGUGUGACAGGACUCAGCCUCAGUAGCUGCUGAGUGCCCUGAAAAUCGAGUCAAACAUUGGCAUAUUUAUUGAUAACACACUCAGCAGUACUGUAAAUACUUGGGUAAGAGAAUAGUGCCACAGGAUGCCUCCUACAUUGCAUGAGAAGACAAUAAUAUUUCAAAUGGAUUUUUUUUGUUUGCUGUUAUCAACCAAUGUCCGUAUCAAGCUCUGCAUUAGGGAGAAGUGGUGCAGAAGUGUAACUGAAAAUAAAUACCAGUAUAUUUAAAGUACUGUACUAAAAUUAAGCUUAUAGUAUGAGCUCCUACAAUCAUUUUAUAUAUUUAGAUAUAUAUAAACACAUAUCUAUGUAUAUAAAAUGUAACAUGGUAGUUGACAUUUCCUUUUAAAAUGCCCUAAAGUUCACAUUUUCACACACUGUUCCUUGAGGAAAAAAAAUACAAAAUGAAGGCAUAAAUCCAUUGGCCACUCUCAGAGAUGACCGUUUAUUUUUGCAACAUUUCCAGGUGGAGACCAUCUUUGCAAAUAAAAGGACAGAGUUAGCAAAAUGUAAACUCAAUCCCUAUAGUGUGCCUUAAAAUGUACACUGUACAUCUAACAAAUAGACCCCAGUCUGGCCCUAUGGGCACUCUGUACAUGCCAUUAGAUACUGUGUUUUUAACAUGCUGUGCCUGCCUUUCCAACGAGGGAACAGGAGCAAGCAGGUGAGGCACAGAGGUAGAACAAUGUUGGUUGUUCACUAAUGCUGCAACUUCAACUGGUUUUAAUAGAAUUUGAAGUAUUUCAUGGUGAAAGAAAAAAAAACCAUCUGCGCUGAGUAAGGUACCUACUGCAGGUUUUCAUCCUUUCUUCACUGUGAAUUUGAGUGACACAUGACUGUGAGUCACAAAAUUCAAAAGGAGAAUGAGAAGGAAGUUUAAAAAACUCCUGAGCUAAUCAAUUACAUUCUGUGACAUCUAUAGCUGAGUAAAUUAUUCAAAGUUAUAUAAUGUCUGGCAAUAAUUUUUAACUGGUAGCAGUACUUUAAGCACGUGGGUGAAGUGAUUCAAAGCAUCAUUUGAAAAUCAAUCUGUAUGGAUUGGUUUGGGAAGACACACAAGUCACAUGGGGUAUUUCACUUCCUUGCCUGGGUGAAGAAUGGUUUCUAAGAAUCAGAUUUUGGAGAAAAUACUUGUAUUCUUGGGGGGAAAAAAAAAAAAGAUUGUUCUGAAUGCUAGUGAACAUGAAAUUCAAACACAUUCAUGGUUUUCUUUGACUCUGCUUGCCAGAAUAUUUCUGAAAGGCAGAAGGAAGGGGAUGUGACUAAAACUGACGUCAUUUCACUGAAACACAGAUAUUCACUGAGAAUUUUUUCACAAGAUAAACAUAGUUGUCUCCCAUACAUCAAGGUGUAUAAAAUCCAUGCCAUUCAAUAUAAUAUUGAACUUAGUUAAAAAUGUUAUCUCGGUGAGGUCCCAGUAUCCAGGAAGAGAUUUAAUUUUUCCCAAAUGCAGAACCAGGUGAAGGUGUCCUGUGUGUUUAGCUCUGUCUCCACAGAGCAGCUGGGGGGGCUGACCUUGGCUGACCACCUGCCCUCAUUCCCCCUCCUCAACAGGGCAGGGGGAGAAAAUGUCAUGGAAAAGCUCCUGGGCUGAGAUAAAGACAAGGAGAUCACCUACUAAUGGUUAUCAUGGGCAAAACAGCCCUGACUUGGGGAAAAUUCAUUUACUGGCAAUUUAAAAUACAGUUGCAUAGUGAGAAAAAAAAGGCAAAUUAAAAACACCUUUCCCUUGCCUCCUCCCUUCUUUUCAGGCUCAAUUUCAUCCCUUCAUUCCCAGCAAGCAACAGGAUAAAUUAUAGAAUCUAUUUAGAAAGCAAUUCAUAUUUACAUGCAAGCACUGAUGGAUGCUCACAGAAUUAGUUAAAUAGAUGGAACUUUCAAUAUUCCUUAAGAAAUUUAAAUUUGCCUUUUGUUUCAAACCCAAAAGAUGGUUUGUGCUUUCAUAAUGAAAAUAUCUAUAUUAUUUUAAAAUAGCUUUCCACUGUAUUGUCACUCAAGAGAGAAAUUACAAUUGUCCACUGAGCCUAUUCAGUGAAGUCUGAGUAAACAGGGAAAUAAGGUAUUUCUCUUCUAAAAUGCCACUUAUAGAUGCAACCAAAAAUGAUAUACAUAAUUUGGAAGAUACAUUUCUCAGAACUAACACAAAUAGUAAGGAAAGUAGAUGAUCUCAAUUUUAAGUUAAAAUAGAUUUCUGAAAUGCAAGUAGAAGAGAUAAAUAGUUGCGAGUUCAUACUUUUGCUCAGCUUAUCUUUCAAAUCUUGCAGUGUCAUGAGAUGAUCGCUCUGAAACUCUCAGAAUCGUGAGUCUGCCUUUUGCUCCUGGAGAGCAGCUCUCAGCAGAUGUGAUUUGCACUGAACAGGCCAGAUAAAUUAUCCAGGACAUUCAUAAGGUGAAAUGAGAUACACUGGAGAAAUUUCCUGUAAUGGGCUUAAGAUUAACUGGGAGAAAAGUUUGAAAGAUUUAUCUGGCAUUGCUUGUGCCUUAGAGCAAGCAAAAUCUAAUUGCUAAAUUAAGCAAUACAAAGACUUUAUUCUUUCCCAAAUGUCAGCUGGCUUUUGGGAGUCAUUUCACAAGAACUUGUCAUACUUCUUGCAUAUGAACUCAGCUCCAACCUGCAGCCCUGCACUUCCCACCACGAGUUUCUUCCUCCUGGCUGUAGGUACCAAUCUGGCUGUGCUGCAGAAAAUAAUGUCCAAAGGCACGGUAGCACAGUUAUCCAGAAUUUCACCACCUUUGAAAUCAUUGGGAAGCAAAGUGCAAUACAGACACUGUACUUAAAAAUCCAUGCACCAAAUCCUGCUUCUGUAUUAAAAUAUGUUAAAUUUUCCUAGACCAGCAGGUAUUUAAACACACUGUACAAAGCAGCUGGAACUGUUGUGGUAGUUUGGAUCCCAUGUUUUUCAAUAAGAAAAAACAAGUCUUGGCUGUUGAGCUCAUCAAGGGAAAUAAACAGUCCCAGCACAAUACAUUUAUUAAUUUACAAGAUUUCCUGCCUGAAUGCUCAGGUAAAACUUGGUUCUUAACAUGCACAGCUACACAAAGAGACUAUUUGGAUGUGUUUUAUUGAUCUGGAUCUUAUUAAAGUUAGUGUCUUCAUUGAGAAUUCUUGCAGGUAAAAUGUCUCAGCCCACAGACUCUCCUGAGACUCCACAAGCUGAAUCUUUUAGUAACUGGCUAUUUUUCAUUACAACUGAUUUAAUGUUCCCCCUGAGCUACUGAUUCCUCUCUUGUUUCAAUACUGUUCUAUAUUCAAGUGAUAUCUCAGAUCUCUGAAAGUGUCUUGGUAGCUCUCUCUCAGCAUCACUUCCUGAGAAAACUCAGACAUUUUUCUUGGUAUCAUUAAUUUAAGUGAAAAUUUCCCUGAGCUUGCUCUAAUUGAUACGAACAAGAACCAAAGGAGGAGCAGCAGUUUUUCACCAGUCUGUAUAUUCAGCUCCAGGCUACUGCCUUUUAAGCUGGAAAUUGUGGUGCUCUACUGGCUUUUUCCAAGGAAAAUGAGUGUUGCAGAGAAUUGGUCUGUGUACAUGGCCCUUAACUCUGUUCUUACUCUUCAGCAGUCACAGCCCUUCGGGCCAGAACACUCCCUCUGGUCCAAGGUCUUGUGAAGGACAGGGCAGGGACCUUGGAAGGGGUUACUUUACUGGGAAGGGCUCAGCCUCCUCAAAAAUUGUGGAAUUCCACUGCUGACCUUUAAAAGGCUUCACUUUAAAUGUCAAUGGGACUUCUGGGAGAAAAAUGAAGAAUCUGGUAGGAAUUGUUUAACUUAGCACAAAUCCGAGGAGAAUGAAGAAAAUUCUUAUAUUUGUCUCAAGCAAAGCAAAUCAACAAAACCAGCCCCAUCUGCCAUAGCUGGCAGCUGCCCCCAAACUGGAACACAAAGAGAUCCUGGCUCUGAAUCUGGAUCCAGUCCUGGGGAGAUUCCUUAAGGAAGAGAGCACCAGCCUGUCUGAUUUACUGGGCUUCAGCCUGAACACCCCAUUUAUGGUACACCCAGAUUCCUGUAGAGAAAUGUUAGAGAAAUAAGUGGUGACUUGAUCUCAUAAAGGAUUUUAAUUUCCCCUUAGUUUUCACAGAAGGGAAAUGAUGCAUUUCCAGGGAAGACAGAAGGGCACAGGUUUUCCAUGGUAGAUUUUCCACGUACUACAUGCCUUAGGCCACUGAGCUAAAAUCUCAUUAGAGACAACACAGCAUCUUCCCUGCUGCCAAAUGAUGUUUAUUUACCACUAGGACAAAAUGGGUAAUAGCAGAAAAUACUGAAGAAGCAAUAUUAGCUCAUUAAUUUAUAUUCAGUAAUAAAAAGCUCUUUUUCUUCUGGAAUGUUUCCCUCAUUAAAACUAAGGCUCAGGGUAGGUUUUCCAGGCAAAAUGCUGUGAGGAAAGGUCCCCCAUGUCCCAUCCCAGAGGAAUUCACACUGAGUGGCUGAGGCUCUCAGUGGGUUAAGUGGGCACAGAUCUGAAAUCAUAUCUGAAAAUCACCCCUGAGCUCUAUCAGCUGAUGUAUGGAAAAUACAUGGCUAUUUAAACCAAAACUAGUACGUUGUAUUUUCUUAGUUGAUGGUUGUAAUUAUUUUCUUUACUCCCAUUACAUUCAAGCAUAAUAAUGUGUUUCUCAUCAGGUCCACUCACUAAUAUGUAGGCAGGGGACUCUCUACUCUUGUUAUAACUAACUGACAAAGAAACAGGUUUUUAAAGCUUAGUUUCUUUAUUUUACGGGUUAUACCACACUUGCACAUUCAGGAGGAGGAUUAGAGAUAAUAUUGUUUAAGCUUUUAUCAGGUUUUGAGAUAGGUGAUAUACUGCUGGGAGCUACUCUUAAUUUAUAUAAUUUAUAUAAUUCAGGCAGAUACUGCCUUCAGGAAAAGAACCAUAUUCACUCUUAAUGCAGGCCAGGUAGGUCUAUCUUUAUUUUCAUCGAGCACACAUGAGUGUUAGAAGUGACUUUAUGCAUUAAUGGCACUGUAUGAGCAGUAUUUGAAAGGAAGCAACAUUGUAUAAAUGACAAAAUACGUUGACAACCUCCUGUUUGAGCAGCUAAGCCCUCUAGCUUCUGUCCUCACAUUUCUAGAAUAUUGUUCAUCCUCAGGCAUUGGUGAGGGUAUCAAUACAGACCUUUUUACUGACAGUAAAUGUGUCUGAAUGCUGCAGAUUAACUAAGGAUGUCCCAUUAAACAUAUUAACUACCGCAUUUUUUCACUAGCAACCACAAAGAAAAUACGUCUUAACAAACCGUGUUCACUGGCCAAAAUACCAGUAAGACCCUGUUACCAGUUAAGACUUCUGUUUUACUGAGAAACAAGGACUUCAGCUUAAAAAUCUGAUGAGAAAACAGGUUAGGAUAUAAGAGAAAUGCACUAGUACUAAUAAACUUUUUACAUUUGACACAUACUGUAUUACAAAGACAAUAUCCUUGUAAGACCAUUAAUUGCUGGGCCAUAGGUGACUUCUGUCUAGGUUACUAACUAGCUAAUAAACCUUGUAUAGAGCCUUUUUUAGAUAACGCUUCCAUGUAUGAAAAUGUAUGACACCCUUGUACUAUGGCUUGCACUUUACUUGCAUUAAACUGUGAAGUAGGCUGUAGUAAUGUCUUUGUAUAUUCAGGGGUUGAAAUGCCAAAGCACUGGAGUAUCGUACUGCUGGUGUUCAACCUGUCCCACGUGUGUUCUGCAAACCCCACUAACUCAAACCUUUAGCAAAUAACGCUCUGGGGUCUCCAUGGUCUUUGUUUCUUUGUAAAUAGAAACAUUCUUACUGUUUCUGUAGCAAUAGGAGGUUAUAAACCAAACUUUCACUAGGACUGUUUUCAAUAACAAAAAAAAAAAAAGAGAAUAAA